AAACCAUCGGCGCGUAUAAACGGUGUAUUACGGCGUUAACGAGCUCCGUUACCGGGUCCGGUCCGGCUGAACGGGUUAUCGGUAAAGAUGGCGACCGAGGCGGAGUACGAGUCGAUCCUGUGCGUGAAGCCUGACGUCAGCGUGUACCGAAUCCCACCGCGAGCGUCCAACCGCGGCGUCAGGGCAGCAGACUGGAAGUUGGACACUCCUGAUUGGACGGGACGCUUGAGGGUGACGGCCAAGGGGAAAGUUGCCUACAUUAAACUAGAGGAUAAAAUCUCAGGGGAGCUGUUUGCUCAGGCCCCGGUGGACCAGUACCCAGGUAUAGCAUUGGAGACCGUCAGUGACUCGAGCCGCUACUUCAUCCUGCGGAUUCAGGACGAUAGCGGUCGUACUGCGUUCAUCGGCAUUGGAUUCGGGGACAGGGGCGAUUCUUUCGACUUUAACGUGGCUCUGCAGGAUCAUUUCAAGUGGGUGAAACAGGACAGUGAGUUCAGUAAACAGGCUCAGGCUCCGGACUCUGGCCCUAAAUUAGACUUGGGCUUUAAAGAGGGCCAGACCAUCACUAUUAACAUUGGGCAAAGCAAGAAGAGAGAAAAAUCACGUCCCCAAAGUUCAGGUGGGCUUGGACUCCUUCCACCCCCUCCCAGUGGAAAGAUAGCCCCUCCUCCAGUAGCCGCAUCCUCCAAUCAUGACACAGAACCGCUGACUGGAGGCAGUGACGCAGGCUUCUUAUUAGACCUGGACAGCAAUAACUCUGACACUGAGGCCCCGCCCACUGCAGCCACCACCAACACCGACCUGUGGGGAGAUUUCACGUCUGACAGUUUGUCAUCUCAACCGGCUAAGCAGGACUCUUCCUCCACCAGCUGGGUCCAAUUCUAAGUGUGUGUGUGUGCCUGGGUGUGUGUGUGUGUGUUUACGCUUUGCCCCCCUAGUGUGUAUUUCACCCUAACUUAUGGACAUACCUUCAAGUAGGGCUUUACAGUAUAUUGUUUCAGCAUUGCCAUCACACUGCGUGCAUAUAAUUAUCCAAUUUUAGGCAUGCACCAAAUAUUUGGAAAAGUCAGAAUAAUUUAUGGCAAAAUAUAACAUGUUCUUUAAAAAGCAGGGAGAAGUAUUUAAUUCGUGCAACUUUGAAAAAGUAAAAAAUAAAACUUGUAAAACUUGCAAAAAAUUGUGUUCAGUAUUCGCCAUUCCGUAUUUGGCUUCCAAAUAUUAUUUAUUUAAUCACAUUUAUCCACAAAGAGAGAGCAUAUUAGUAUCAUAACAUUAAACACAAUCACAAUCAAAUAUCCUUUUUUUUAAUAUCACAAAAAAAUAUAUAUAUAUAUAUAUAUAUAUAUAUAUAUAUUGCAAUAUUGUGCAGCCCUACAUUCAAGCUAACACCAAAAGUUAUGGUUCUGAUUAAAACCGUACAAUAUACAGUACUGGUCAGAAGUUUGGACACAUCUUAAAUUUAAUUCAGUGUUUUUUCAUUACUUUAAUAAGUUCUACAUUGUAGAUUAAUACUUAACUCAUCCAAACUAUAAAUAUAAACAUAUUGAAUUAUUUAGUAAAGAAACAAAGUGUUUAAAGAACCAUAUUUUAGAUUCUUCUUGUUUAGAUUAGACAGUUUUGCACAUCUUGGCUGGAUUUUCCCAGUCAGCUUUAUGAGGCAGAGUCACCUGGAAUGUUCAGCUUUCAGUUAACAGCUGUGCUGAACUUGUUAAAAGUUAAUUACUUGAGUUUCUUGUCUCUUAAUGAAAAGAAAUGAAGGUCAGUCAAUCUGAAACAUUUUGAAAUAUUUAAAAGUAUCCUAAAAUACCAGUCACAAAUACCGUUAAAAACACUAGGAUGAAACUGGCACUCAUCAGGAGCAACCCAGGAAAGGAAGAGCAAGAGUUUCCUCUGUUGUACAGGAUAAGUUCAGUAACCGGAAGUUAACAGCUCCCUAGAUAAGAGCACCUAAAUCUAAACAGAGUAUUUUGGUUUGUUUAACAAUUUUAAGUCACUACAUGAUUCCUUAUGAGUUUCUUCAUAGUCUGGAUGACUUUAUUAUUCAUUUACAAUGUAGAAAAAAAUAAAGAGUUAUUAGAGUUAAUCAUCAUAGCCUGUCUUUAAAUUUGGUCUAAACAGAUGUAUGUGAGUUAUUCGCUGUCAGGAACCACAACAGCAAAUCAGCACUGUUAGAGAUUACUGAACACCUAAACCCAGGAUAAAGAGAGUGUAUGAUAAUUUAGGCCCUGUGUUAUGUAUACCAUUUUUUUUCAGUUCCAGAUACUGUGUUUGAUAAAGCAGGAAUGACAGAUGCUGUAUCAGAAAGUAAUUAUAUUUAUUAUGCCUAUAUAUGAAUAUAAAAAGGGUUAUAUAGUAUAUAGUUUAUGUGUAUAUUUGUAAAUGUAUGUACUUUACCUGAAUCUAGUUGAUAUAAUUGCUGUUUAUUACAGUUUAUUCCAGGCUGGUGUCGCUCUCUAGUGGUGAAAGUGUGCAGUACAGUGUGUGAACUGUCUGUGGUACAGUGCAGCUCUCAGUCAGACCCCCGGCUGUAUAUGCAACCCGCCCCGUGAUCUGGGGUCUCGGUCACACACACACCCUGAUAAAGCUCUGGAUCAGUGUGAUAAUGUUCACUAUUAUUAUGAGUGUGUUACUCUGCAUUUCAGCAGACUGGAAUUACUUCUCAUAUUCAUAAUUAUUAUUGUCUAGUUUAGUAUAUGAUAUAUGCAAUAAUACAAAUGAGUAAAUUAGUAAAUAAAUAUGUUGACUUUUCAGUUUAAAAUUGAUUACAGUUCUUUUGAGGAAUAGUCUUAUGAAUUAUUAAAUUUGUAGAAAUUCAUCCUGGAUAUAAAUUGUAAAUAAAGCUCUUCCUGGAUAUUAUUAGUAGUAGAAAUUCAUCCUGGAUGUUAUUUAAAGUAAAAUUAAUUUUGGAUAUUAACUUUAGUUGAAAGUCAUCCUGGAUAUUUAUUUCAGUACAAAUUCACCCUGGUUGUUAAUUUUAGUCAAAAAGUAUGUUUUAGAAGAAAUUCAUCUUAAAUAUUUAUUUUAGUAGAUAUUAAUUCUAGAUAUUAAUUUUAGUAGAACUCCACGCUAUAUAUUUAUUUUAAUUAAAUGUUGGCUGUUAAUUUUAGUGAAUUUUAGUAGAAUCUAAUGCUAGAUAUUAAUUUUAGUAGAAAUUCAUUAUGGACAUUAAUUCUAAUGAAAGCCCUUCCUGGAUAAUAAUUUUAGUUGAAAUUUAUCCUGGAUAUUUUUUUUUUUAGUACAAAUUCACCCUGGUUGUUAAUUUUAGUCAAAAUGUAUCCCACAUAUUAUGUUUUAGUAGAAAUUCAAUCUGAAUGUUAAUUUUAGCAGACAUUUAUCCUGGAUAUUAUUCUUAGUAAAAUUCAUUCUGGAUAUUAACUUUAGUCAAAAUUUGUUUUGCAUAUUAUUUUUGUGAAAAUUCAUCCUGGAUUCAUUCUUGUAGAAAUCAAUCCUGGAUAUUUUAUUUUUAGUAAAAUUCAUUCUGGAUAUUAUUUUUAGUAGAAAUUCAUCCUGGAUAUAUUGAUCUUAGUAGAACUUUAUGCUAGAUAUUAAUUUUAAUUGAAAUCCGUGUUGGACGUUAAUUUUAAUAGAAAUUCAUCCUUGAUGUUAUUUUUUAGUAAAAUUUGUCCUUAUUAUUUAUUCUAGUAGAAAUUAAUCAUUUAUUACUUUUUAGUUCAAAUUUGCCCUGGUGUUAAAUUCAGUAGAACUUAAUGUCAGGUAUUAAUUUAAGUUUAAAUUAAACCUGGAUAUUAGGAUUAGUAGAAAUUCAUUCUGGAAAUUAUUUUUUAGUAAAAUUCCAUUUUUUUUUAGUAAAUAUCAUUCUGCAUAUUAUUUUAAUUUAGUAGAGAUUAAUGCUGGGUAUUAUUUUAGGUAAAAUUCGUCCUGGAUGUACAUUUUAAUUGAACGUCAUGCUAGAUAUGAGUUUUAAUAGUAGUUAAUCUUGAUUAUUAAUUUUAGUUUAUUUUCAGUAGAGUUUGAUUCUGAACUGAGUGAACUGUAGUGAGUUUUAGUGUGAUGUGAUGGAUGUGAGGGAGUGUAAACACUGCAGGGUCAGCACACUGUGUUUUAGUGGCUGGACCAAAUGUUACAAACAACUGAUGAUUUUCUGUGUGUGUGUGUGUGUGUGUGUUUGUGUUAAAUGAUAAAUGUGUGUAUUCUGUGUUAAUGUCAGUGUUUAAUGGUAGUGUUAGUUGUUUAAUGUUAGUUUAGUGUGAGUGUGCUAUAUUAGUGUGAUGUUUCAUCAGUGUAAUGUUUUUGUCUGGGUUUUUAUUUAUUUAUUUAUUUAUUUAUUUGUGUUUAUUUUCUGUUGUGGGUUUAUUCAGAAAUGUGUGUAGUAUAAGUGUGUAUGUCGGAUAAACAUGUAAAACUAAUAAAUUCAUGAGCUGCUGA